CUGACGUUGGCAUUGAUUCUAUCGACGGUCGUUCUGCGGCUGGAUGCUCGCUUUUUGAAAAUCACCAAACAGCCACCCGGAACCGUGGGGAUCGUGCCGAGCGAUGAGGACGGCGAAAGUGUGCAUUUCGUGCCGAUGGCAAGCGGUACGGGUGAAGGUGACCGCGAAAAAGCGAGUGAGAUGAUCUCGGUGAAACUGCUGAACCAAUUCCACACGAGAUCGUUCAAGGCAGACGAUCAGCAGGGAAGCUCGGAAACGAGUUCCCCCGAUGGCCGAUCACCGCCAACGGGGCCGAACUAUGAGACUGUAAAUCUACCGGACCAGAGUGAGCCUGUCAUCAGGGGUGAGCCUCCCCAGCUGAGGCCAUCUCCCAUCGAGCCGGAUCUCAUUGAUGUGAAGGAGAACGUCAUCGAGGACGACUUCUUGCCCAUCGCGCCGCGGGUAGAAAAACGGUUGCGAGACGAUGCACGGGUACCCGAAAAAACUACUCCUUUGCCGGCGAUAAAGCGAAGCAGCCCCGUUGGAAACAGGUCCACGUCGACGACGCUGACAACGACGACCACCAGAACCACGACCAGUAUGACCACGAUUCGGAAAGUGCGUCGAAGAAAGACGAUCGUGAUGAGCAGCAAACCGGCUAGAACCGACACCACCACACCACGGUCGCUUCCAACCACCUCACUGGCAACAACUAUGACCCCGAAAUUGAUUGUCCCGACUAGCCGGAAGCCUCCACCGCUGCCCCGGAUAGACAUCACCAAGCUCAACCUUGAACAUCUUGAAAAUGAACUGGUUUCUUUUCCGAACCUAUCUGCUCACCCACAGGCGUUGCAGGCAUCCUCCCCCUCUAGGCUGCUGCCGAGGAGCAUCCGGCCCCAGCGGAACAUCGCACCACAGGAGGCGGCUCCGAGCUGUGGCUGUCAGCACCGGAAGCGCUCGCUGGCACCGCAACACUACUCCUCGUCGGAAGAGAACGCCGACUACGACGAGUAUGAUGACUACGACUACAAUGACGUGCGGCGGAGUGCGAUCCCGUACGGCAAGCUGGCCGACGCCGGACCAAUGCUUUUCCCGGCCAUGUCGCGGCUGCUUGCCCCAGGCUCGUCGGAACCGGCGACCGAGGGCAGUGUCGAGCGGGCGGAAAAGGUCCAUGGCACGCUGGAGCGACUGAUGGGAAUCGUUACGAUAUUUUCGCACGUGGACGAGUUUAUUCAGCGCAAAACGAAGCAGUCGAUAAGACGGCUAGCUCGUUUGUACGAAAGUGAGGAACUGUAUUAA